UCUAUAUAAGACUGUUGGAAAACCCCUCUAAUCCCUCUCCUCCCAAUCUGUAUCACCCAUCUCCUCAAGUUCCUUGAUCUCUGACCAGCAAGAACAAAACCAUUUCCAAAAAGCUCUCCUUAACCUUGCAAAAAUCAAAAUGAAGUUCUUCGCUGCUACCGUUGCCUUCUCCCUCCUCGGCGCCACCAUGGCUGCCCCCUCACCUCUCAACCGAAGACUCAAGGUUGACGGUGUGCUCGCUUGCCUCGACCCAGUUGUCGCCCUCGCAGUGAAUGAGCUCAAGUCCCUAGAGCAAACACAGAUCGAGAAGCUCAUUCACAAUAUCCUCAACGGCCAGGAGAUCAAGUCCGAACUCGAGUCUGUCGGCAACGUCACCCACGGCGUUACCGAACUGCUCUCCUGCCUUUCUGUUGGGCUCAGUGAUGUCGAUGCCCAGCUUGGCGACACGGUGAUUAGUCUUCUUGAGACCUUGCACCUUGUGCCGUCCGCAUAAGUUGGAGCGUGAUUGAAAGAUUAUCUAUAUCCUUAGAUUAUACGACACUCUUUUCGAAUUUCCUUGCCUCAAAUCCCCUGCAGGAGGAUUAUUUGGACAAUACCUUGCGAAACAAGCAGUCCUUUCAAAAAAACAGUUCUGGAUUUACAAACGAGGUGGGACUGAUGUUUCAUGUCUUGCUAAAAGAUCCUUUCUUCACAAGCCAAGACUACGGCUGAUUUUUCAUGUAUAUCUUGCUUCUAGAGGAUGUAAAUUAUUUAGAAUUAUAUUUAAUAUAAAGAUUGAUACCAACAUUUGA